AUGGAAUCUCAGAAGCCAUGGCUGGCCGAAUUCAUCAAAACCGCCCUCGAUGCAUGGUUCGGCGAGGUCGAAGGAUGUCGCUCUGCCGAGUAUCAGUUCCAGAAAAUUGACGGUAAUCUGAAGGCAAGCUACAAGGCGGCAUGUCGAAAGACUGUGCGCUUGCUAAAGCUUCCGAAACUUGGUUCUAUGGAACCCAGGGGUGAGAUCUCUGAUGGAAUACACAGUAUAGAGACCAUCUUCCCUCAGGGCACGGCAACUGAAAUGAUACACUCCGGUGUCCAGCAGGGAACACUCUUACACCUUAUUGAUCCUGUCCUUCGAGUCACCCCUCAUGUCAACCCACCGAAACCAUUGCUCCAGAUUACAACCAGCAAGAUUGUGGAGGAGACGGAUCGGUUGGGACAAAUCUUCAAUUCUGGCUGUUCUGUAACAGAGGACCAGGAUGUACGCGAAAGGAUGUCUCAGUACUGGGUCCUGAGAAGACGCAAUCGUGCUCCCUCAAGGCCGGUCUCACGUGCCAGCACAGUCUCUUUCCAAUCGCAGGUUGAUUUUAGCACACAGGCAUGUCAAGGGGCUACAAAACCUGAUGAGGACGCUAAGGAAGAUCUCUCUCAGCCAUUCUGCACACAGGUGCCCAUUGAUCUCAGUGGCUGGAGUCUGACCAGACCAUCCGACCCGGCGGCCUGCAUAGUAAAUGGGUCAGACACCAAUGGCAAAGGUCAUUCUCUGGCGUCGACCCAGGAAAUAAAAAGACCAAACAGCUCUCCAACCUGUCUCCCUUCAAAGCCCGUGCAAGAGUCCGUCUCAGAGGCUAGUCCAUUCGCGCCAAAGAGGGAAAGCAAUAAGCCCCACAUUGAGAUCCUAUCGUCUACAUCCAGACCUACCAAGCAGAGACCAGGAUUUGAAUCGAGAGCUCUGUCAAAUUCAGCCAAUCCUGACCCGCCUCGACUUCUGAGUACUCCUGCCAUCACAAGAGAAAACGACCAAAGUAGCCCUGUGGAAAUGACCGAGCUUGGGACCGACAUUCCAGUUUCUCCCCGAGAGGCGGGAGACCACAGCCAUGAAGAACCACUCAAACUGGCGACAAAAUCGAGUCCUGGAAAGCGAGUUGUUGUCCCGCAAUCGGCUGAAGUGCCGCCAAGUCAUUUUCAGCGUUGGCGAGAAGAGGCACAAGGAGGCAGAUAUAUUCCUAGACAUAUUCAACAUAUCCCACGAGAACAAGCAAAGUUGUUGAAGUCGCUCUUGGAAUCCGGGAACAGCUGGCAACCACCCCUUGUCGGUCGUACACAGAGGCCGGGAGAGGUGCCUUUAGCCCUCCAGGUGCAACUCUAUGACGCUGCAGAUGAGCGAGCAAACAACCGCGCGUCGUCCCCAGAGAAUACAGAACCUGAAGCCUCAGGAAAAGAUCUACCUCCAGCUCGACAUGAACAAGGUCAUGACUUGGCAUCGUCCCACUCGAAUGAAGAGAAUGCUAGCGAUUCCGAAGGAUUGAUCGCCUGGUCUCAAAGUCCGCCAACUCAACAGCGGCGAGCAGUCAGACUACCCCCAAACAGUCCUCCUCCGAACCUAGAGCGACAGAGACAACCUGCCCGUAUUACCUGUGACGGAGAAAAUCAGGAAAGUGCAAUGUUAAGUGGUCCCGAUCCGUCGCUCGCCGGCUUCAUCAGCCAGCAACAAGUGGAUGGAGUUGAGUCAUCAUCUAAUGAUCGCAGCCCUAGUUUUCCUGGACGAAUUUCAAACGAGGGUGCUGAUCUAUCUUCGGCUGCGGAAGCACCAGAUUCGGCGCAAAUACCGCAUGCUGAUCCGAAUGACAAGAGCUCGUCCCAAGAGGAAAUACCUUCCACGACCACAAGGGUGUCAGGUGGCUCCAGUUCGGAGAAAAUACAAGUUACAAGAACGCCAUACGGUGGCAAAGGCAUGAAUUUGUCCCAGCUCCUUGCUGCACAAACCGCUUCGACAAUUCCAAAGAAAAGGAUUGGUGAUAGAAAUCCUGCUUCAACUUUUGUCCCUGGCACCUACAAUGAACCAAGCUCAGGUGAGAUCGCUACAGCUGCAACAACCAAACCCACCAGGGGGGCUCUGUCAGCAAAUGAUAUCUCAGAUUCGACUACUAAAGAGUCGAACCAAAAUAGUCCCGCCGUAGCAAAUGUUCAGUCACAAGAUUGUGAAGCAAUGAAAUCCAAAUACGGAAAUGUUAACCUAGGAGAGCCCUCGAGCUCUGUCCCCAGUGCCAACUUGGACAUUGCAUUUUCUGGAAGAAAUGGCUCACGAAAAAACACCCAGGAUCUUCCUGAUCAGCAAGGUCAGGGGUUUUCUGGCGAAAGCGACGACCUUGGUCCUCAACUUCCCAAUCCGGAGACAGCGGGAGUAAGAGUUGUUGACGCCGAACCAUGCGCGGAAGGAGCUGAUCAGACUGUGGCAGAGGACAGUCCAAAAGAAGAAAGGAAAGCAGCUGGUGGAUCUGGUGGAAAGGCCACUGCAACCUCCAUGUCUGAGGCUCGUGAGAUGACUUCGGUUUCUGCAAAAAGGAAGCGAACAGAUUCAGGAGGCAGUGACGUCCCAAUCAAAAGUCAGCGGCAAGUCCCAGAGGGCAUGGACGUCGGUCCCGACUGCAUACCUGUCCUCGGGAGACAGAUAGAGCAUCACGAGCAUCGAUUGAGACAGAUUGCCAAGCCCCAAGAUUCGAUGCGAGGUCCUGGUUCACCUCCAAUAGAACCGCCGCCGCUCGGAAGCUCUCACUCAGCAUUGUUAGGUAGUGACGCCGGCAUCUCAGAGUCAGCAGACACUCCAGAAGGUAGAUGGCUGCUCGCCUUGCUCAACAUGAAGUCGCGCGACGCCAACAACACAGAACCCGGUGAGGAAAGAAGACAACAUUCGCCGAUGGCCUCGCGGCCGAUUAGUGAGGCCAAGGUCUCGACAGCUCAUUCUCUCCUGUCAUCUAGGCUCGAUAACGACGGCAGCAGCGACACAUCGGAACCAUUGCCAAACCAGAGAAGACGCAGCCGGCAGCCAGAGUCUACAGCUAUGGCACCAAGGCAGUCGUCGACGCCAAUCACUCGUCGAUCUGCAUAUGGUGGAGGCUAUAACGGGGACAUCAAAGCCAUGUCAGAUGAGCCGGACGGGACUGAUAGUCUCUUCGAAAGGUACCGGGCAGCAUAUCCCGACUAUGACGGGAAAGUGGAUGAUUUCCUCAACUCAUACUGCUUUGUCAAGGAAAUCUGGAUCCGCGAACCAUGGCCCAAAUCGAUACAUCCAUCCCAUCUCGACGAUGCCGUCUUUCACCACUACCACAGUUAUCAGCCUUAUACAAGGGGUGCAGGGACAGCAGCUAUGGGGUUUGUUGAAUUCUUUCAUAAAUUCGUUGACCCAAGACACCAUGAAAGGAUCAUCAGACCCUCUGCCCUCGAAACGCCUUCGAGUCGAGAUGCUACAAUGAGAAGGUCGACUCGGGGCGACAUCUUGGUACCCCAACAAGAGCAAAUCUUUGAUCCUGCACUGGUUCCGGCAACCAAGACAAUGAAACCACAGACAGCAAAAGAAACGAUUGCCGAACAACGUCGGCGGUUUGAGCGUCUUGACCAAGCUAGGGAGCACGCCAUCGAAGACUGCAUUGAUUCCAUCGAAAGAUGGCGUGAAGGUGCUGCUCGUACCGCCUCUCCCGAACUGGGAACACCAGACCUUGACAGGAGUCUUUCACUGCGAACAUCAGAUAAAGAGUCUCCAGACCCACAGACAAAGACCUCAAUACCUGUCACCACAUCCCAACUACAGAAGCUUCCUCAUCCAUCAGCCAGCCUAUUCGUCAAGCCUCAAAGAACUGCUGCAGUCAACAGAGCAGAAUCGACGACAGCCAAGAGAGCCACGGCCACCAGGAGCUCGUCCGUGCGGGCCAAGAAGCAACCACCGACGCGAGACUUCUGGAGUGGCACAAGCACGGCGUUCAUGAUAUUCGAGCAACAGUACGCUAAGCCGGCUGCUGAGAAGAAGUGUAGGGCUUCCCGUGGGACUGCGCGUUCUACCCAGUCUGGGCCCAACAGCAACAAGGCAUAG